GUGUGCAGCGGCGACGGACGGGAGAGGGAGUGCGCUGGAGAUAAAACAAGGCUGAUGCCACGUCAUCGCCAGGUAAGCGGAGAGAGAGUGAAUCAGGUUGGUGUGGAGGCCUCAACUAGGAUCAACGCAACCGAACAAAUGGCAAAGCGGAGUUUCGAUUCUGGAAGGAUUCGCUCCGACUCUUUCUUAUUUUUAUAUUCCUCCAAACAGACACCAUACACGACGAUUUUGAAUCAUUGUUCGCGCAACACGGGGAACAACAUGCACAGCACGGAGCACUUUGGGUAUGCUGUUUAAUUGGGACUUUGGAGGGACACCACACCAGGAAUUUGCGUGUAAUCGAGGAACAACUACGGGUGCCGGAGUUGAUUAGUCCAGUGUUAAUCUAAUCUGAGAUUCCCUUCAAAAAAAUGCGAUCGAUCGAUGGCUGUUGCUUUCGCUGCUCCUUUUCGGGGCGGGAUCGCUUGCAUUUGGGAUGAGCUUCCGUAGCUGGAUGGAGACAGAUCUAAUGACGCCGAAUGGAUUGAUCUUUUGGGUGAUGUGGUAUAGAUCUUUCGGAGUUGAUGAAGGUGUAGAUAGACGAGGCUAGCUAUGGAGCUACUUAGAGAGAGUACCAGUGGUGAUAAUUGGGAAGAUCCUCCAGGAAAUUGUAGCCGAUUUGUGGCUGAUGAGGUAGCAUUGGUGUCGUGAGAGACGACGAAGAAGCCAAGUUGGUUUCAUCUUUUGCGGAGCGAGUUUUUUUUUUUCUUUUUUUCGCAAGAGGGUCCCGUUCGAGCGCUGCAGCUGUUUGUGGAGCGACCCCUCGCUGUUGCUAUCUUUCUUGCAGAGAGAAAAGGGUGGAAAGGAAAAGAGGCGUCUGCGUCUCCAAAUUUUUGAAUAUCUACGCCGGGAAUCACAUCGUAGUCGUGAUCAAUCUGCGCAGGAUUUUUAAAGAGGUUGGGUGGGAUCGCUCGACGCACAAGAGAAAAGAUCACCGGUCAAAAUGCCCAGGCCGGGCAUCUGCUGUGAAUCAAAUGGAUGAGCGCCGCUGACCGUGUUCUUGCGCGUGGGUCUCGCCGAUCGGGCGCGAGGAUGUCGUGCCAGAUCCUCGCCGCGGUGCUGGGAUCGUGCUUCGCGAUCUUUGCCGUGGCUUUGGGUGAUGGGUCGGAUCAAGUCGUGGCAAUGCUCGCGCUCAAGAGUGGAAUCGUGGAUCGCUACGAUCGGCUGGCGAGCUGGAAGAGCUCGGACAAAUCCCCGUGCGGCUGGGAGGGCGUGGAAUGCGUCACUGGAAUCGUGGUGGCCAUCAACAUCGGAUCGAGGAAUCUAAGCGGCAGCAUCGAUGGCCUCUUCGACUGCUCGGGGCUCUCCAAUCUCUCCUCCUUCGCCGCGUAUGACAACUCCUUCUCCGGGGGAUUCCCGGUGUGGAUUCUCAGCUGCAAGAAUCUCGUCUCGCUGGAGCUCCAGAGGAAUCCAUCCAUGGGCGGAGCUCUCCCGGCCAAUCUCUCCGCGCUGUCGCUCCUCCAGCACCUCGAUCUCUCCUUCGAUCCCUUCACUGGAACCAUUCCCGAGGAGCUCGGCGGCCUCAAGAAUCUCCAGCGAUUGCUCCUCUGGAGCUGCAAGCUCGGGGGGCCACUGCCAUCUUCGAUCGGUGAGCUCUCCUCCCUCACGAAUCUCACGCUCUCGUACAACAAUCUCGGCCCCGAGCUCCCAGAAUCCCUUCGGAACCUCUCCACUCUCCAGUCGCUCAAGUGUGGCGGAUGCGGCCUCUCGGGGCGAAUUCCUUCCUGGCUGGGCGAUCUCCGCGAGCUCGAUUUCCUGGAGCUCACGUACAACAGCCUGUCGGGAGAGAUUCCAUUGGCGAUCCUGGGCCUCCCCAAGCUGACCAAGCUCGAGCUCUACAACAAUCUCCUCACGGGCGGCAUACCGCGGGAGAUCGCGGGGCUGACGUCUCUCACGGAUCUAGACCUCAGCAGCAAUUCUCUCAGCGGGAGCAUACCGGAAGAGAUCGCGUCCAUCCGCGGCCUGGCGCUCAUCCACCUCUGGAACAACUCGCUGACCGGGGCGGUACCGGGCGGCAUCGCCAACCUUACCGCGCUGUACGACGUAGCACUGUUUCAAAACCGCCUCACCGGGAAGCUGCCGCCGGACAUGGGCAGCCUCUCCAGCCUCCAGAUCUUCGACGUCUCCUCCAACAAUCUCUCGGGAGAAAUCCCCAGGAAUCUCUGCCGCGGUGGCCGGCUGUGGCGGCUCAUGCUCUUCCAGAACAGCUUCUCGGGCGGUAUACCGCCGGAGCUGGGGUCGUGCGAGUCGCUCAUCCGGGUAAGAAUCUUCGGGAACUCUCUCUCCGGGGCGGUACCGCCGGGGCUGUGGGGGAAGCCACUCAUGGUCAUCCUCGAUAUCUCGGACAACCAGCUCGAGGGCGCGAUCGAUCCGGCCAUUGCCAAGUCCGAGAGGCUGGAAAUGCUGAGGAUCUUUGGGAACCAGAUGGAUGGCGAGCUGCCCAAAUCGAUGGGCCGGCUCCGGAGCCUCAACCAGCUCAACGCCAGCGGCAACCGGCUCACCGGAAGCAUCCCCAGCGAGAUCGCGCAGUGCUUGAGCCUGACGUAUCUCUUCCUGGAUGGAAACAAGCUCCAGGGGCCGAUCCCUGGCGAGAUCGGCGAGCUCAAGCGCCUGCAGUACCUCAGCCUCGCCAGGAACUCCCUCUCGGGAUCCAUCCCAGGCGAAGUUGGCGAGCUCUCCAAUCUCAUAUCGCUGGAUCUGUCCGAGAACCAGCUGAGCGGCAGGAUCCCGCCCGAGCUCGGCAAGCUCCGGCUGGCCGAGUUCACGCACUUCAACGUGUCGUACAACCAGUUAACUGGGUCCGUACCGUUUGACGUGAACAGCGCGGUGUUUGGCUCGAGCUUCAUCGGCAACCCGGGGCUGUGCGUCACCACCUCGGGCUCUCCUUGCUCGGCCUCCUCGGGCAUGGAGGCCGAUCAGACUCAGAGGAGCAAGAGGAGUCCGGGAGUGAUGGCUUUGAUCGCUGGAGUGGUGCUCGCCUCCGCGGCGCUGGUGUCUUUGGCGGCGUCGUGUUGGUUCUACCGGAAGUACAAAGCGCUCGUCCACCGGGAGGAGCAGGAUCGAAGGUUUGGAGGACGCGGAGAGGCGCUCGAGUGGAGCUUGACGCCGUUCCAGAAGCUGGAUUUCAGCCAGGAGGAUGUCUUGGCGAGCCUGGACGAGGACAAUGUGAUCGGGUGUGGCGGAGCUGGGAAAGUUUACAAGGCGAGCUUGAAGAAUGGGCAGUGCCUGGCCGUGAAGAAGCUAUGGUCGUCGAGCGGUGGCAAAGACACGACGAGCAGCAGCGGCUGGGACUAUGGAUUCCAGGCCGAGAUCGAAAGCCUGGGACGGAUCCGUCACGUAAACAUCGUCCGGUUGCUGUGCUGCUGCUCCAAUGGCGAGACCAACGUCUUGGUUUACGACUACAUGCCCAAUGGGAGCUUGGGCGAUCUUCUCCACAGUAAAAAAAGCGGGAUGUUGGACUGGUCCGCGCGGUACCGCGCGGCACUUGGCGCCGCGCACGGGCUGGCGUAUCUACACCACGACUGUGUACCGCAGAUACUCCACCGGGACGUGAAGUCAAACAACAUUCUUUUGAGCGAGGAGUUUGAUGGUUUGCUGGCGGACUUUGGGCUGGCGAGGCUGCUCGAGGGAUCAUCCAGCGGGGAAAAUGGUGGCGGAUACUCAGUUUCAUCGCUUCCAGGAUCUUUGGGCUACAUCGCUCCAGAGUACGCGCACAAGCUCAAGGUGAACGAGAAGAGCGAUAUCUACAGCUAUGGAGUUGUGCUGCUCGAGCUCCUCACUGGGAGGAGACCAGUGGACGCUGGGUUUGGCGACGAUGGCAUGGACAUCGUGCGAUGGGUGUGCGCCAAGAUCCAAUCCAGGGACGACGUGAUCAAGGUGUUCGAUCCCAGGAUCGUGGGCGCCAGCCCGAGAGACAUGAUGCUGGUGCUCAAGAUCGCGCUCCACUGCACCAGCGAGGUGCCCGCCAAUCGCCCCUCGAUGCGCGAGGUUGUGCGGAUGCUCAAGGAUGUGGAUCCCAGCCUCACUUCCGCGGGAGAUAGCGACGAUCAGAUCGACCAGAAGAGGUUGCUGAUAGAUGUGGUGUAGAACCCUAAAAUCUAGACUAGUAUUUUUAGGGUUCUUUAAGAGGUAGAUUUAAAUCAAAAGGGUGGCAAUCGCAUCUUCAAA